AGUUAACUCUGCUUUCAAUUUCCAUAACAAUGGCUUUCUCCUCUACCUUCUUUGUGUUUUCUCUCUUUUCCGUUCUUGCUUUGAUUAAUGCAAACGGACAGCUUUUGGACGACAAGUUCUAUAAACGAACUUGUCCGAGUUUACGUGGAAUGGUUAGAUCGACAAUGGCACGAGCUGUGAAAGAUGAGAAGAGGAUGGGAGCAUCCAUUCUUCGGCUCUUCUUCCAUGAUUGCUUUGUUAACGGUUGUGAUGCAUCGAUACUUCUUGAUGACACUCCGACGUUCACGGGAGAAAAGAACGCGUUCCCUAAUCGUAACUCCGUACGUGGCUUCGAAGUGAUCGACACCAUAAAGUCAAAAGUUGAGGCCAAAUGCAAGGGCACCGUUUCUUGUGCGGAUAUUCUUGCUCUCGCUGCGCGUGAUGCUGUCGUCUUGCUAGGCGGACCUUCGUGGAAAGUGGAAUUAGGUCGACGGGAUUCAAGGACAGCAAGUCAGAGCGCCGCCAACUCCCAACUCCCGCCCUUCUUCGUUGACCUCCCAGUCCUCAUCUCUAUGUUCGCCGCCAAAGGCCUCGACGCACGUGACAUGACUGCCCUCUCCGGGGCCCACACAAUCGGCCUAGCUGGUUGUGGCACCUUCCAACGCCGCGUCACCAAUGAGUCCAACAUCGAUCCUCAAUUUGCUUCGCUACGUCAAAGCACGUGCAGAAUUAGCAACAGUCGAGCUCCCCUCGACGACGGGAGCGAGGAGAGUUUUGAUAACGGAUUUUACAGGAACCUCGUGGCUCGCCGAGGGCUACUUCAUUCGGACCAGGAGUUGUUUAACGGCGGGUCUCAGGAUUCAUUGGUGAAGAAGUACAGCGAGAAUCAAAAAGAGUUUGAAAAUGACUUUGUCGCCGCGAUGAUUAAGAUGGGGAGGAUUGAUCCCUUGACGGGAAAUGAAGGAGAGAUUAGAUUGAAUUGCGGGGUGGUGAACUAGUAAGCGUUGGCAUCAUCUUAAUUAAAGACAGUCACUGCUGCAAUUACAACAACAACUUUUAACGGCGAUGUGGAGAGUUUGAAGUCACUGAAGGUUGAAAUUGUUUUAUUUCCUUCCAUUUGUUUUGCUUUGCUAAUUAAGAAUUUGUUUGUUGUUCCAUCGUGCAACUUUUUAAGGUUGCAAGGGACUACAAGGGUGGUCGUGUAUGUACUAUUGCCUUCCUCAGAUGAAGAGAGAUCUUAGUGAUCUCUUACCUUGUAUCGUUGUAUUGAUCUUUCACAACUUAUUGAUGUUUUUUUUUCGAGAAAAAAAA